GACGCGAAACAACAACAAACAGAUUACAGUUCUGGUUUCAGAGUUCAGGUCCAGAGCUUUGUGUGUGUGGAGAUGAUGGAGGAGGGGUCGUGGCAGGUUGAGGAGCAGGUGGAGAAGCUGCUGAGUGGACAGGGGUCAGAGGUCACCACCUGUGACGUAGCCCUGGAUCAGAGCAAACCUGCAACUCUGAGGAAGAACGUUACUUACAUCGUCUGUGCUGUCAUCUUCAACCAACAGGAGGAAGUGCUCAUGGUACAAGAGGCAAAGCAGGACUGUUACAGACUGUGGUACCUUCCCGCAGGGAGGGUGGAGGUGGGGGAGAGUCUGGAAGAAGCUCUGAAGAGGGAGGUGAGACACACACACACGCACUCACACGCACGCACACACACUCACACACUCACUCACACUCACCUGUGUGUGUGUGUGCAGGUGAAGGAAGAGGCGGGGUUUGACUGUGAGCCAAUCACAUUGCUGCUGAUCCAGGAGCAGGGACCACAGUGGAUCCGCUUCAUCUACUUGGCUAAAGUCACAGGUGGGGACAUAAAGAACCUGUCCGCAGCAGAUCAGGAGUCUCUUCAGGCAUCGUGGUGGGACAGACAGUCUGUCCUCCCUCUGAGAGGACGAGACAUCCUUAGUCUUAUUGACUGUGGACUCAAGUACCUUCAUGACCCGUGGCAUCCUGAGACCUUACCUGUUGACCUGAGCUCCCGUCACCUGGUGCAGAGACUUGUCCUUGUCUUCACCAACGCUGAGAACCAGAUCUGGAUCCUGCUGAUCAAAGCACCAGUGCUUCACCUCCCCACAGCAGCAGCAUUGAAAACCCACGCGGUGACCUGGGCGGCAAACAUGGUGGUGCAGGAGGCCAUGCCGUCGGCGUACCACGACCACGACGUCAACACGCUGGGCGUCUUAAGCCUGCAGCACAACGGCCGGCAGCACGGGAAGAGCGACGGCGUGUGCUUCAACACGCUGGUGAAGCUGGUGCCAGACCACGUCCAACGCGACGAGGACGGCGAGACGGUGGAGCGGACGCAGGCGGCACAACCUCCGCCUGUGGAAAACCCUCGGUACGUGUGGUUCGAAGUUCAGAAACCAACGCUGCGAGAGAGACUGCUCGAGAAGACCAAAACAACCUCCAUCCUACCUCUUCAUAGCCUGUACUGACCACAAGGAGGCAGCAGAGACUCUCUCCUGCUGGACAGUUACUGUAAAUAACAAUAAUAUAUAUAAAUGUGUAUAUAGACUGUUUAAUUGAUUUAAGAAAGGAGUUUUUACUGAUAAGAAAGUAUCAUGACAUUUUGUUGUAAAACUGAACUGUGAAUGAAGAAAUUAAAUAAAUAUGUAUAUAUAUCUAUAUAUAGAUAUAUAUACAUAUACAUAUAUGAAUGUAACAGGAACUUUGUUUCUUCUUGUAAAUAUAGACUUUCCAGGACAUAGUAUACAAUAACAUUGUUUCUGAAAAUAAUUUAUAUUUCAAAUUGUGUUGACUUUCUAUGACUUUUGGUUUGUUUUCAAAGAUGCACCUCAUUAUCUUCACAGUUGAAGCAUCGUACACCUAACAACCGACGUUUGUGGGGUUAAAGUUCACAGUUGAAGUAAAACUCACCAACUCAUCUA